CUCGGCUCAGUCAGCUGUCACAUGACUAGUCUGAUCCAAGAUGGCUACUCUUUCAGAAGAACAUUUCUCGGCUUUACAACUUUUAUUGAAGGCUCCGUCCAAGGACGCCGUUCGACAGAUGUGUGCAGACAGCUACCCGCGCGGAGCUCCUGUGUCUCAACGAUUGACUGAAAGUACAGCUGCAACACUUUCAGUGUCACCAACAGAAGCCAAAGAGCUACUUACGGCUCUCCACACUCUCUCCCGUUACGUGGUUUUUCACAACCUGGCUUCACCCGAGCAGAUUCUGGCCGUCUUCCCAGACACGUUCCAUUCCAGCCUAAAGAACCUAAUCACAAAGAUUUUGCUGGAACACGGGCCAAAAUGGAGAAAAGAGGCUCUUGCCAAUCAAGUUUCCCUGCCUAGGCUUGUUGAGAUGGACUGGAGAGUUGACCUGAAGACUGCGUCAGACUCUGUCAGUCGCAUGGCAGUACCCACCUGUCUGGUGCAGAUGAAGGUGGAGGAUUAUGCCGGUGCGGUUGGCGAGGAGUCCGUCUCCCCGGUGACCAUGGAGCUAAGUAAAGAAACUCUAGACACCAUGUUGGACGGAUUAGGCCGAAUAAGAGAUCAGCUGGCUGCGGUGGCUGGCAAAUAGACAAUUGGCUGGCCGGCUGGCAUCGGGACGGGAUGGUGCAACCAACACAAGGGCUGCAUUCCAAUAUGCAACCUUGCUACCUCCACUUGGGCUUGUGGCCUCACGUUUUGCUGAUGCCCCCCCCACCUCCGUGGAAAAACAAUUACGUUUCCCCGCUGUCAGCCUAGCGAAAACCAUUUUUGGGGGACUGUUCUUCAUUUACCAUCCUGUCUGAAAAUGGGAAAAGGACUUUAAUUGAGCUUUUGCGAGAUAUUGAAAUAUAAUGCUGUUGUCAGUGAUGUCAUCACAACGUAUUACUUCCUGGUACGAGGCCACAAGCACAAGUGGAGGACGCAAGGUCGCAUAUUGGAACGCAACCAAGGACUGAACUGGGCCCAAACAACAGCUACGGCAUUUUGGGUGUACACCAGCCCCUCACACAGCCCCCACCUGUCUUUCUACGAUGUUAUGAUUGGCUCAGCCCUUGCCUUUAUUUAAGGUGGAUCAAUGGGCCGCCACAUGUGGGCUGGGGUCCGUAUCUCGAAAGCGUCUUUGCUAACGACGGUAGCAACGUCCUUCGUAAGAGCGACUCAACUCCCUCUCAACAGCGACGCUCACCACUAAAUCCAAGGGAACGGUAAGACGGUCUUAAGACGGUCUUAAGACGGUUAGCAACGACAAGAAUCGAGAAACGGACCCCUGGUCUCUAGGGGAUCAAAACAAAAUUACACAAGCAAACAAAACAAAAAACUAACAUCGGUCCCUGGGUACUGUCAACCCACUGAGAAAAUGCCCCUGCAUGCCAGAUUGGCAGUCCUGCUCUGGUACAACAGAAGGACCUUUGGGACUAAAAGUUCUGUUUUUCUACACAACAAAGAACUGCUCCCAUUUUUUUUAAAAAAAAUCCUCCAUCACAUCUUUUGUUUGUGCGGCCAUGUCCAUUCCAAGCCUGUAUUUCUCUGCCUUUGUUUGUACUCUUUUGCUAUGUUAAUAUACCAAGAUAUUGUCAUUAACACUUUCUAUGAAGCCUAUAUCUAUAACGCAUUAUGAGCACAUUUAUAUAACAACUUAUAAUGCGCAUCAUAAUCAUAGUGCAUUAUGACUACACUCAUAACGCUUCAUGAUGGAGUAUAUCAGUCAUGAAUAACUAUAAAUCUAGAUUAUAAUUCAUUAUAAAUCCUGGGGUGUUUUGAGUGCUCGUGAAUGGUUAUAAUCUACAGGCAGUGAAGGGGCUUAUAAUACAUUAUGCAGCACUAUGAUGAAUUAUGCGCAUUAUCAGUGGUUAUAAAUGUGCUCAUAAUGCGCUAUAGAUAUGGGCUUCAUAGAAAGUGUUUUCUUUUGUUGUUAGUCAUGUGUAAAUAACUUAACAGUGCCAUAAUGGUUAAGAAUCAUUAAAAAUACUAAUAUUUUA